AUGCGAUUUUGCAUUGAUUAUCGACGUCUAAAUGCUAUUACAAUUAAAGAUGCAUUUCCAUUACCUCGAAUCGACGAAAUUUUUGAUCAAUUAUCUGAUGCAACAUAUUAUACAAAAUUUGAUUUUAAAUCUGGUUAUUUUCAGGUACCUCUAUCUAAAGAGGACCGUCCUAAAACUGCAUUUUCAACUCGUGACAAUCAUUAUCAAUCUACUGUACUUCCACAAGGAAUUACCAACGGACCCGCAACUUUUCAACGUGUAAUUAAUCACAUAUUAGGGCCCGCACGAUGGAAAUAUGCAUUAGCUUACAUUGAUGAUGUAAUUAUAUACUCGAAAACAUUUGAAGAACGUUUAUUAUAUCUUAAUGAAAUUUGUACAAUAUUAAAAAAUGCACGAUUUCGUCUUAAUCCCCAGAAAUGUGAAAUUGCUCGAACACAAACAGAUUAUCUUGGACAUAAUAUAAAAAAUGGUGAAAUUCGUCCAAUUCCUCAAAAUAUUAAUGGUUUAUUAAAUACAAGAUUACCACAAACUCCAGAUGAAGCUUGCAAAUUCGUUAAAGCUGCUGAAUAUUAUCGAAAAUUUAUACCAAAUUUUUCUUAA